AAAAAAUCAAUUUUAUAAUUUUGAUUACUUAAAUUAGCUCAAAGUGUAAAUGAGUUGCGAACUCACGAUUCACGAAGCGAAGAGACACCGCAUCUUGUGAGUUGUGUGAAUCUUGUCCAGCAAGGAACAAACAAAAACACUCGUUCAUUUCCUCGCAUCCUUUAUGUACCCAAAAAUCUCUCUCUCUCUCUCUCUCACUCCCCCCUCUCGCUUCUCACUCCUCUCUCUCUCUCUCUCUCUUUUCAACACGAAACUGCAAACCCUUCCGUAAUAAUGCAAAUAGUAAUAGUAAAUCCCCAAUCCUCCCUCGUCCUCUUCGUCGUCCUCUUCUUCUUCUUCGUUGCUCCGAUCCCCAUCAAUGGCGGAGUCGAAGAUGAUGGUAAGCGCACGUACAUCGUGCGCGUCGACCGCGACGCCAAGCCCUCCAUCUUCCCCACGCACGCCCACUGGUACGAGAGCGCCGUCCUCGCCGCCGAUGGCUCAGCCGCCGGAGAGGAUGGCGCGGCGGCGGCGGCUGUGUGGCCCCCGGGCGGGCCGGUGAUACACACGUACUCGACCAUCUUCCGCGGGUUCUCGGCGCGGCUCUCGCCCGCGGCGGCGGCGGCGCUGUCGUCGGCCCCGGGCGUGGUGUCCGUCGUCCCCGAGCUGGUGCGGCGGCCCGACACGACGCGGUCGCCGCAAUUCCUGGGGCUGCUCCCGUCGCCGCCGUCCGCCAUCCUCGCCGACUCCGACUUCGGGUCCGAUCUCGUCAUCGGCGUCCUCGACACCGGCAUCUCCCCCUCCCGCCGCAGCUUCUCCGACCGCGGCCUCUCCGCAGCCCCGGCCCGCUGGCGCGGCGCCUGCGACUCCGGGCCGGGCUUCCCCGCGGGGUCCUGCAACCGCAAGCUGGUCGGCGCCCGCUUCUUCUCGGCGGGCUACGAGGCGACCUCGGGCCCCAUCAACGCCUCCGCCGAGCUGCGCUCCCCGCGCGACACCGACGGCCACGGCACGCACACCGCCUCCAUCGCCGCGGGCCGCUACGUGUUCCCGGCCUCCGCCCUCGGCUACGCGCGCGGGGUCGCGGCGGGGAUGGCCCCCAAGGCGCGCCUCGCCGCCUACAAGGUGUGCUGGGACGGGGGUUGCUUCGACUCCGACAUCCUCGCCGCCUUCGACGCCGCCGUGGGCGACGGGGUCGACGUCGUCUCCCUCAGCGUCGGCGGCGUCGUCGUGCCCUACUACCUCGACGCCAUCGCCGUGGGCGCCUUCGCCGCCGCCGAGGCCGGGGUCUUCGUCUCCGCCUCCGCCGGCAACGGCGGCCCCGGCGAGCUCACCGUCACCAACGUCGCCCCCUGGGUCGCCACCGUCGGCGCCGGCUCCAUGGACCGCGACUUCCCCGCCGACGUCGUCCUCGCCGACGGCCGCGUCCUCCCCGGCGUCGGCGUCUACGGCGGCGGCCCCGGCCUCGCCCCCGGCCGCCUCUACCCGCUCGCCUACGCCUCCUCCGCCGCCGACGGGUACGCCUCGUCCCUCUGCCUCGAGGGCUCCCUCGACCCCGCCGCGGUGCGCGGCAGGAUCGUCGUGUGCGACCGCGGCGUCAGCCCGCGCGCCGCGAAGGGCGAGGUGGUGCGCCGCGCCGGGGCCGCCGGGAUGAUCCUCGCCAACGGCGCCUUCGACGGCGAGGGCCUCGUCGCCGACUGCCACGUCCUCCCCGCCGCCGCCGUGGGCGCCGCCGCCGGCGACGCCCUCCGCCGCUACAUCGCCUCCCCCGGCUCCGCCGCCGCAACCAUCCGCUUCCGCGGGACCCGGCUCGGCGUGCGCCCGGCCCCCGUGGUGGCGGCGUUCUCGGCGCGCGGGCCCAACCCCCAGUCCCCGGACGUGCUCAAGCCCGACGUGGUGGCCCCGGGGCUCAACAUCCUGGCGGCGUGGCCCGACGGCGUGGGCCCCGCGGGGAUCCCCGCCGACACCCGGCGCACCGAGUUCAACAUCCUCUCCGGCACGUCCAUGGCCUGCCCGCACGUCUCCGGCCUCGCCGCGCUCCUGAAGGCCGCGCACCCGGACUGGAGCCCCGCCGCCAUCAAGUCGGCCCUCAUGACCACCGCCUACGCGCUCGACAACAGCAACUCCACCAUGCUCGACGAGUCCGCCGCCCGCCCCGCCGGCCCCUUCGACUUCGGCGCCGGCCACGUCGACCCGCUGCGCGCCAUGGACCCCGGCCUCGUCUACGACGCCGCCCCCGCCGACUACGUCCACUUCCUCUGCAACCUCAACUACACCCGCCAGAACAUCCGCGCCAUCACCCGCCGCCCCGCCGACUGCGCCGGCGCGCGCCGGGCCGGCCACGCGGCCAAUCUCAACUACCCCUCCUUCGCCGCCAACUUCGUCGCCGCCGCCGGCGACCGGAGCAUGUCCACGCACUUCAUCCGCACCGCGACCAACGUGGGCGCCGGCCCCGCGGUGUACCGCGCCGCCAUCCGGGCGCCCGAGGGCAGCACCGUGACGGUGGAGCCCCGGGAGCUCGCGUUCCGGAGGCCCGGGCAGAAGCUGAGCUUCGUGCUCAGGGUCCGCGCGGCGGCGCCCGCGAAGAACAUGGAGCCCGGGAGCUCCACGGUGCGGAGCGGGGCGCUUACGUGGCGCGACGGGAGGCACUCUGUCAAUAGCCCCAUCGUCAUCACACUGCAAGCGCCGCUGGAUUAGGAUUUAGAUCAAAUCAAACGCUUCCUUUCUCAGGGCAGGGUUUUGAGUGUGUGGCUCUUUGAUUUUGGUUCAACCUUCGUUCUCCCUGUGCUUAUUUUCGCCUUAAACUAAGUUAAGUUCCCAGGUUUAAAUUGUAUAAGAUAAGGGCUUUUAAAGGGCAUAUUUUAUAUAUAUAUAUAUAUAUAUAUAAAGUAUUUGGUUAGAGUGGUGGUUGGUUGGUGUAAAUUACUGAAGGAAAAAGAGGAACUGGUGGAGAAGAUCAAUGGGGGAAUGUGAAUGAAACUAAGUUUUUGUUUUUUCCUUUGUUUAAUUUCAUACAAACUCUUCUUCCUUUUUCUUUUUUUCUUCUA